UCUCCAAAUAGAUUAAAUGUACACAGAAUUAUGUCAUUCGGUUAUGAAUAACUCAACAAUGAAAAGAAAACAUAAGAGAAAAAUCCAAGGGUUGUUUUUGUAAGCAAAAGUUUACUUUUAACCCGGACCUGUAUGGUUGGCACAAUAGCAGUGAGUUCACAUGUGGGGAAAAAACUUAAACUUCGUACUUCCGUGUUCGGUUCUUCAAAAACACCGCGCAUUAAAAGCACUAACUUCCUCUUUCGGGACAACAGUUCCACGACCACGCUCGUCCGUGUCACAUCCAGCAUAACUAUCGGUUAUAUACGUGCACUUCGGCAGCAAUGGCGUUACACGGUAGUCUCCAGUCAGGCGCAAUAUUCAAGGAAGGAUAUCUCACCCAGGAGUGGAACAGCAUACUUAAAUCCGAUGCCAAAAAAUGGUGGGAGUUGAAAGAAGAUCAGGGCGCUGUGUUUUCCCGUUUCAAAGACAGGACCAAGAAAACGCUGGAGAAAAAGAUCCUGGGUUCGGAGAUCGAGAAGGUUGAAGUCGAUAGACAGAAGCACGACAACUACAUCAGCAUCAAACGCGGGAAGAAGAUCCUUCAUCUCCGGGCUGAGAACAGACAGCAGCGCGAUGAGUGGUACGAAGCCCUCCGGGGAUCGCUUGGGCAAGCCCCGGCAACAGCAGCAGGCUCCGAUGACGAUGUCGUUCCCGUUAGACGACGGAGGAUCCACACUGACACGUCCGACACUAAACCGCCAGUCCGUCGGGGGAGGAGUGCUGGGGCUCCCCAGACCACACCAAAUCUGGACACCACUUUUCGAGCCGAGUUGAAUGAUGUGGUCCCAUCUCUUCCUCAACUGAACACAAUCCCGGAGGAUGCUGAUGACAGUGAAGUAGCCAAGGUUGGACAGGCUCCCCUGUGCUGCGUAAGACACCACGUCGUCGCUUGCAAUGACGAAGGUAAAAACAUGGCGGAUUCGGACGUCGUGUACGAGAACGUUCAUUUCGUGCGCUCCGAGGAGGAACAUCUUGCUACCAUAGCACUCAGGAAGGGCAGUCUGGCUCGGGAGGAAAACGUGUAUACUUUACAUCAUGGCGUCGCAAAACUCCAAGCCGACAACGAGAACGCCUAUGAGACCGUGAUUGUUGGCGGGAACCAGGAGCGAGACGAUUCGUAUAACAACCUCAGCCCAUCGCAGGACCGCGUUCCUCCGCCUUUCGACCACAACAUCCCAGCAGAAGGCAACGACUCCGCAUCGGAGCGAAACAGUCAGUCCAGCAUCGAAGACAACACCCAGGUGCCUGAUGCGACCGUUAAGCGUGUCCCACCCCCAGUGCCUGUCCACACUGGCCAGCAACUCCGAAAAAAGAUACAAAAACUCAAGGAGGAACAGCGGCAGCUCCAUGGCAUCGAGAAGACCUUCAACAAGACCUCGCUCGUCGGGGAGCGGGUGAAGAUUAAGCUCAUGGAGAAAAAGGAUGGCAUCUGGGUGAUCGGCUUGGAUGAAGGUGGGAUGCAGCUGCGAGGCUUUCUCAAAGUCGGUGAUCAGUUGAUCAAAGUCAACAAGCAGGCACUCACCUCGGCUAUGUACGCCAGGGAAACCAUCCGAAGUACGGACGAAGACCAGGUCACCCUGGUGCUGAAACGAAUUCCCCACGGUUUCGUCUGCAGCAUCACACGGCUAUCACCGAACGAUGAUCUGGGGAUCACAGUGGAAGGAAAUGAGAUUAUCAGCGUGCUCCCCUACGGCCUGGCCUCCAGCCGAGGGGAUCUCAAGCCCCAGACCACGGGGGUGUCAGGUCACAUGUGUAACUGGGCCAUCACGGAGAUCAACGGCCAACCUGUCGAUCUGUUCGCUAGCACCGAGGACAUCAGCGAGGCACUCGGCCGGGCCGGGAAGGACGUCGCCCUCGUCGUUCAGCCGGUGGACUUCAUACAGAUGAUGAGAGAAAACUUGAACUCUGAGUCUUCAUCAACUAUUACGUCUUGAGUUCCUAUCAUCCGUCAGAUCCCAAACUGGCCCAAACUGGCUGUGCUUAAUAUAGGCCUAAGCGAGUAAAAACUCUACGAGCUUACUUUAACACAAACAGAUUCCAACGAUAAGGAGUAUUACACUGUACGGUUAUCAAUGUUUUUUUAUGCUUUAAUAGGGCCUGUGCGCAUUGCCCUUUUCUGCUUACGGGUUUACCAAGAAAUUGCGCUGUAACGGCAGAGAAAGCAGAAGGCAGAUAAUGAUGAUCGUAAGCCCGGAGCCCCGUGGUAAGCAGAACCAUGAAAAUGACCCAAGUUUGGUUAUCGAGACUUUGCGUUUGUAGCCAACAAGUCGAAAUUUUGAUUAGGCAUAUGAUCAGAGAAAAGGUUAUAUCGGCCAGUUUUUUUUAGUGUUUACACUUCGAGCUUUCAACUGCUUCCUCAAAACGUAUUUAGAUAGCACUCAAUAGUAUAACGUUAUUACACAUUUUGUAUCGCGUAUAUAGGCUGCUUUUAUUUUUUCACUGUAGCCUGAAACAAUGCACCUGAGUACAAUUUCAUGUACAGAUGAUAUACCUAUGUUGCCCGAUUUGCAUUUUUGCUUAUGUAAGAUAUUAAGAUGUAAGAUAUUAAGUGUACAUUUCGCCGGGUAUAUGGCAUUUCUACUACACGGAUGUAUUACUAUUAUGUGCAAAAUGAAGGUCGAGUUGAAAUUGCAUAUUAUGACAUUAUGUCCAUGGCUGAUUUGACUGAUUACUCCAGUGACAAGUAGGCAGGCUUAAAAUGAGCUAUUGGGUUUGAAGCAAUUCCCACGAAAAAGAAAGAUGAGCUACCGAGAGUGUUAUUGGCAUCAAGCAGAGAUUGUUGCCAGUCACAACUCAAUCACAAGUCAAU